AGUCAAAGACAUCAAGCGAGCAAGGAAGAAUACUCAAUCAAGAAAACAAAAAAAAAAACAAAAACGAACAAAAACCAAAAAACACCACAAGCUAGUAGACAGGAAGAGAUUAUUAGGUCAACCGAGAAGACGAAGAAGGAGAAGCAAGGAUACAGCCGCCCAUCUAUACAUAUAACCAUUGAAAUCAACUUAUCGAGAAAAAUGUGCGACUGCGGCUGCUAUUCAUAUUGUCUGCAUGACAGCAGCUCCUGUUAUAGCCACUAUCAUAGCCAUUCGCAUUCGCAUCAUUGCUGUGCGGGCUACAAGUAUCUGAAGUGUCUAUGUCGCUAUUAUCGUCAUGUGCAUUGCACCUGCUCUUGUUGGCGUCGGAAAUGCUAUCUGCUCUAAAAAGCUACAGCAACAACAACAACAACAACAACAACCAAAAUGUCGUAGAAGAAGGAUGAAAAUAAAACAAAACAAAAGCUGAAGUCAAAACACCACAAAUCACUAAACAACAACCAGAUAAAGAUUUAAAUGAAAAACUUCAAUGAUAAAGUCCUUUAAGUAGUUGCAUAACCCAAACUUGGCUACAUCCAAUUCAAUGACUCCGUGUUCGUAAGGGAAAAACUAGCUAGCUAGCAAGUAUGUGUUUUUUUUUUGUUGUUGUUCUGUUUGUUUCGGGAUGAACGAAUAACUGUGCGAAAGGUGAUGGUGGGGGAGGGAAAUGACAGGGCGUGGCGUUGCGGGCGGGUAACAACUAGCGUGCAUACCAUUUGAGUAUGUGCAACGUUUUCAGUUGUGUGGGUGUCUGAGAAACUGUUUGUGUGUGUGUGUGUGUGUGUGUGUGAUGUAUCUGUGUGUCCUGUAUGAUUUCCAAUGAGCCGUAUGUAUGGAACAAAGUAUGCGAUUUGAAUGGUUACGAAAUGGAUCAUAAAAAGGAUGUGGCCAUUUUUAUAAGUUAUGAACUACUAACAUAAAACACAGCAACAACAACAACACUUUUUGGUGCAAAGUCCUAAGCAAGUUCAUUUUGUCGUCGUUUCACUAAAUAUAUAUAUAAACAUAUUCGUUUAUAAACACUCUACACUAAA